AUGAACACAUCACAUGAUGGUUGCGUAACUUCGCACGUUAACACCAUAAAACUCACAAGUUUGAACGAUAUGUCGUUUGUUCGUUCAAUUUUUGCUUCAAAGAGGCCACGAGUAACAGAAACGAGAGAAGAAAGACAGCGAAAUGGACAAAAUUUUGAUCCAUUCAGACCCUCAACUUCUGCUACAUCAUCAUUCAUCGAUACAAUAUGUGAACGUGUCCCUCGAGAGCUGGAUGAAGAAGCAAUGAGGAUUGUGAUUGUCCGAGAAGAAGAUAGAAUGGUGCUUUUCGAUUCGAAAACUAUAAUUCCAAACGUUGUCGUACCUCCAUCACCUCGCUUAUCGAUAACCAAACAACAAAAUGGACCCACGCCAAAAAGUGGAACACAGGAAAAGAAAAGGAUUAGUCCGUGUGGACGUUUUUUGCUGAAAAGACACUCAAAUGAUGUGAAACAAAUAUCGGAAAUGCUUUUUGGAGCAAUGAUGGCUUCAACCGGAAGUGAUUCACUAAAAAUCCACACUAUUGGAGAAACACAUUCAAUUAUGACAAGCCGCAUUUUCUUCAUGCCGAGAGCGAGAACAUCAAAUUUGAUGACGGAUAGUGCAACAAUGAUAUCUGAUACAGAAAGUCAAUUUGAUGUGAUGAAUCAAUCAAUUGAUGGGAUCCCAUCCAUGACUGCACCACCAGAAAAGUUUUGCCGUUUUCGGAAUUGUUCUCUGCAAGAAGGUGAUGCUAAAGAAGAGAUGCGACCGUUUUCUCCUCCAUCAAGAAUUAGUCGAGUCACGAGAAGAAUGCUUAGUUAUCGAUCUGAUUUAACACAUGAAGGCUCAGCCGUGAGAUGGAAAUCAAGAUCUCGACUCUCAUCCUGUGGAUCAUCACAUACUGAUGAUGAAUUUGUGAGGAAGGUUAGAAAAGUGGCACUUGGUGUGUUAUGGGAUGAAGGAGAGAAAGCCUUUGUGUUCGGUCAUAUGGCACUUUUGGAAGGAGAAUUAGUGAAAUUGGAAUCACGAAUUGAAACUGCCGCAACCGCACCGAAAGAUUUUCUUUUUUCUGUUCAUCAGGCAUGGAGAGAAUUCAUUGAAACAGUUCGAAUCCUCGUGAACACACCUCGUUUGAAGCAUCCAGUAUGGUUAUCAAUGGUUGAUGGAAAUGAAGGAUUGGUAGCUUCAUUCUUUUGUGACACUUUGGCUUCAUUGGCACGAGAUCUUGACAAGAAGGAGACACAUUUUUUCCUCUCAAAUUUGAUCUCAGCUGUGUUAAUGCAUCAUAUGUCAUGGGUGGCAUCUGUAGCUCCUCCUGUCUCAAAACAAUCAACUUCACUUUCUGGAUCACGAAGGUCUCUUGUUAUUGGAUCGACGGUGAAUGAAGAGGCUCCAUUUGCCCCUUACAAUAUUCAUAUGGCUCAAUAUCUUGAAGUUGUUGGUAAUAUUGGAGCCAAAGGAAGGACUGCACGAACACUUGUCAUCGGAGAAAAAGAGAAAAGUGAAAUGGUGGGUCAUCUCCUCCACGUGCUGUCAUAUUUUGUGCGUUGUUCAGCCAUCAAACGACAAUCCGAAGAAUCAACGGGACUCUAUGAUCUAGCGGUAGAAGAAGCCUUUUCUCCUCCAAUCGUUUCUCCAUGUGAUUCAGUGAUGGCCAUUUCACCACGCAGCAACAAUCUCGAGAGUUCAUCGCCCGAUAAAGUUCGAGAUGAUGAUGGAAUGUCAUCCUCAUCGGCUGAUUCAAUUGGUCCUCCACCCGCAAUUCGACCAAGAGUUGGAUCAGGCACCCCAGCUAUCACAAUCCCACUUGAAAAGAAAUUUGAUCGACGCAAGAGUAGAGGAACUCUUCUUGAAAGUGACGGAAGCGAAAGUGAGAACGAUAUGGCAAGAUCACUUGGACGAUCACUUCUCGUCGGUCCAUCUUCAUCCUAUUCACCACAUUUUGUUCUCUCAGGAAUUCUCAAGAAUGAAUCAAAUACAGACAUUGAGAUCCUCAACAGAUUGAAAGAAGAUUUGCGGAGUAGUUCAUUAUCCGAAGAUUUACUUUGUCCUCAACAAUCAAUUUCUUCGUCUUCAUCAACAGAUUCCCCUCAAAUCACUGAAAGUGUUGUCGUUUUUGCAGAUGUCACGGAUUGGAGUGUGAAGAUUGUAAGCACAAAUAAUGGAGUCGAAAGUGUGGCAUCCCCAUCAGAAGCUGUUGUUUCGAUGAUCGAGCAGUUUGUCGAUUUUCACUCUGCCGGUUUUGCUCCGAAAUUUCUUUUGUCACACCUUGAGGAUUGUCUACAAGAACUCUUGGCAAAAAGUCAAGCUUUGGUAGAAAUGGUUCAAUCUCGUUCAAGUGCCAAUCAUUCAACACUUCUCAGCCCUGAACGAGUUGGAAAAGUUGUUGAUUGUGAUGUCUCUGAUUUGCGACUUCUUUUAAAUGUUGCUGCUGUUUAUUCGCCAUCAAUUCUCGAGAGUGCUACA